UUACUUUCCGAAUCUCUUUCCGCUGCUCGGAACGAACCGCCAUGGCGUUUCGGACAGAACCGCCAUUUCAAGCAGCCGCCUGGAAGGUCACCAUGGAGAAGCCACUGCCAAUUCGACCAUCUGUGGAGGUGUCACCACACGCGCAGUCCAACCACACCGCCGCCAGCAUCCCGGGACGCGGCAGUGGACUGGGCGUCUUCCCGUGCGACCGAUCCGGAACUUGGAACGGGUUCGCGGCGGGGUGUUCCCACCCAAUCGCUCAAUUGGAUCCACGCAGGUUUGGAGGGACCAACCCAGCUGCGAACGGAGCGUCUGGGUGCAGGACAUAUCCAGCAGUGGUCCGGUCCGUGCCCGGACCUUGCUCCAUGGACGCCGCGCAAGCGCCCGCAGCGGCCACCUCCAUCCCAUCAUCUGCAGGUUGGGCUGAGUCCAUCACCGCAGGGGGAGGCGCAACGGCCAAGGAGCAGGAGAUGCACCGGCGGCUUCUGUCCAUGGAGACGAAGUUGAAGGAUGUGGAUCUCCACUUGAAAGAGAGGCUCCCUCAGCCAAAGAUUCCCAUCCAGCAGUGGACCCAAGAGCUGGAGGAGAUGCAAAAGAGUCGGGAGGCUCUUCAGGCGAAGGCUGAAGGCUUGGAGCAGAUCUUGUUGAAGGAACGUCAGCAGCAGGAGGCAUCUUUAGAGGCACAUUCCAGCAACAUGGAGAGGUCCUUAGAGGCGAUCGCCAGCAGUAUCGACCAAAGCAUUACGGAAUCCACGAACUUGAUGAAGGCGCGCAUGAUCGAAGCCGAAAGUCUGGUGAAGAAGCUCGUGAGCCAACUGAACAGCACCUUUGCGAAGCCACUGAAAGAGGAUGCCCAGGUGACCACAGGGCCGGGCGACUCGGAGCAGCUCGUCUCCUCCAUGACGAACCUCCUGGAGGAGCAUCAGCAGCUGGUUCAAAGGCAGCAGCACUUGUUAGCCAGGCGAGGGCCAGUCAGCGGCAACGUGAAGUUCACCACCUUCCAGGCGUACUCGGCCUCGCCGCCCUACCCUCGGCAAACCUUGGACGGCUCGCCACGUUCACCUUCGCACCCGGUCUUAGGGCUGUCGCCGCAGAGCAGCACGAAAGCGCUGAAGAGCAGCGCCUCUGCUUCUCCGCUCUCCUCGCCACAUGCGCGGGGGGGCCACGUCACCAGGGCUGGCGGGCUCGCGCUCGCCCAAGUCUCCGCGCUCGCCGCACCGCUGGCCGCCGCGCUCGCCGCGGGGAUCGCCCAAAGUUCUGCCCCCGGAGGGUGAAGCGACGCAGGAGUCGAUGGCACAAAGGUAUUCAGCAGUUCAGGCACUGAGCAAGGCAAUCUACGAGACUUAGAAGGUAUUUGCAAAAUGCAGAAAGAUCCGGGCGUGGCGGCAAAAGCAAGCAGUGCGAGAUAUGGUUUGUCAGGACCCCCAAGACAAAAGGCUAAACGAUUUGGAUGUAAGCAGUAACGACAACUUCAUGGGUGCACAG